UUUAUAUAUUGUUUACAAAAUAGAAAGUUCAUAUAUUUUCAUCCUCCUCUAGAGAAGUGGAUUGGGUCUGUUGAUAAAAAUGCAUAAAUUUGUAAUAACUAUUUCAUAAGUUUCUAAAUAUUAAAGUGGAAUGCUAUUAUAUAUUCACUUUGGAAAAUAUUGAAAGAUUCAUGUAAAUGCUGAAAAAGGGAAAUGCGUAUUGAGCUGCCGCCAGGCAAAAUUUUGCUUGCACCUUUCCCUACUAAGUUUUUUCCCAGCACUAGAUGAAAUGUAUUCAUCGCUUUUUCUUGUUUCUCUUAGCCCCUCAAUAUAAAUAUAAAUAUAUAUAUAUAUAUAUAUAUAUAUAAGGAGAGAGAAGAUAGUGUGAUCUAUAGAGCGAAUACAUUUUGCGAUUGUGCCAGAACGACUUUUCUUAUUAUGUAAUAUUGGAAACCAUGCUAUCCACAUUUACUCCAUUUAUUCCAACAAAUAAGCAAAUUCGUGAGUGGGGUUACUCUGACGAAAUGCGGCAUAAACUUGAGCAACUAGCCAUUAGCAUCCUUCAGCGUCUCUUUGUCCCAUUAAUGAAACGUUGGCGAGGAAAGCGAGCUCGUAGGAAGCUACUUAAAUCGCUUAUUCGCAAUCACUUUCCAGGGAAAAGUGCCAAUGAAUUUUCUGAGCAAGUGAUCCUUUACAAGUCAGACAUAACCCAGGUUACUCCGUUCCUCCAUACCCCAGCUGUGGCUGAAUCAGUAGGGAAGGGCUCACCAAAGGUUCAUAUAAGCGAGGUAAGCAAUGUCAGAGACGAUCCGGACGGAGUUCCUCAAGACCAGGAGGCAGAUUUGAAUAAGGUAAGCGUAGAGAAUACUCCAUCUUCCAUAAUGUUACCUCCCAUCAUCUCAUCACCGCCAUUAGCGAGUUUAACGAGAUUUAACUUUUCCGGAACCGAGCCAAUCGCGAAGAAGGAGUCUUUGUCCUCUUCAUUUUCGCAGGCUCAGGCGAAGGCCGCCAAAACAGUCAGGGAGGUAGUCUCAAACGCCGUAGAGUGCGACUUCACUUUCCGGGCGUACUUGAAAGGCGAGGUGGUGCAGUGGCCAAUGGAGCCAGCUCACGAGGUACUCAUUCUAUUGAAGGGCUCGCUUGAGCGCGUCAUGCCUCAUAAAGUUGGAAGUAACGACUCUCACUCCGGGUUUUGGUCCAAAUCCCUCUCGAAGCCGUCGCUGUUUUCUCCUUCUACGACUUCGUUGCAAAGUGUUCCCUCGAUUUCGGGCAUUGAUGCAUCGGGACGACAUGCAACCCUGCAGCCUGAAUUGAGUACUAAGGGACUCAUGGAUUCCUCACAUUCUCUGCACGGUAGCAUCGAUAAACAAGCAACAUCUCAGAGGUGGCGGAGUAAACUUUUCCCCGUGGACUAUGUUAUACAUAGAGAUUUGUUGUCCGCUCCAUCGGUGCUCGGCGAGAGUGCCUGCAUCGGCGGAUUUCCUUUUUGUGCGGAGGUCGUGGUGCAGUCGGAGUGGGCGCUCAUCGCCAGCCUACCUUUCGAUGCUUACUGUCGAAUCAUCACCGUGUUACCUUUAAAUUCCCAGCGGCGACUUCUCACGCACGCGCUCAAGCAACGGGAGCUUCUUAUGCCCUACUUUGCGCCCAUGACCAGAGAAAGGCUUUGCGUUUGCCCAUUUCUAUCUCGUUUGAAGCCAGAAGAUGUCAAUCACCUGCGAGAAUAUCUAGUCCCCAAGGUGUAUGCUGCUGGCAUGCUAUGCAAUGAGAGCACGGACCUGAAGCACAUUUUUUUUAUCCGCCGCGGAAUUGUGUGCGUGGAGCAUGAGAAUCGCAAUAUAGUCGAGGCUUUUUCCUCUUCUUGUCCGAAAAGUCGCACCCUCUUAACUGAAGGCCACACCUUCGGCGAGGUGCAGUGCAUCUCCCGGGAAAGCCUUGGCGACCUAUUCUACGCUGUAAACCACAUCGAUAUGUAUGUCUUACGCUUUGAUAUGUUAAUUCGGCUUAUGAAACAGUGGCCUGCGGCGCACAAGGCUGUUAUCAUUGCUGCUUCGGUUUUAAGCAAACUGGACGCGAAGGAAGUUCCGUCGCUUUCUUUCAGUUUGAGCGGAGUGGAUAUUGCUUUCAUGAGAUCCGCGGCUAAGCGUCAGAACAUCAUGUCCGAGCUGGAAAACCUUCACUUUUCACCCAUCAAUAAGGGCAGUGGGAACAACUUGUCUUCGAGGCGUCGAAGUUCUAACGCAGACAACUUAGACUCCAGCGCAUUCUUUUCAGUUGAGCGAACUUUGAGUCCGACAAAAUGCCGGGCCGCUAACGCUCGAACUGAGGCCACGAGUCCUCCCAAUUUUUCAUUACUUGUCCGCAGUGACCCAUCAGGUUUUGUCAAGGUCAUGAAGCGUAUUCCAUUACUAGGGCUUGUUGUCAAGGAGGAGGAUCUUGGGGAUCUUAGCGUUUACUGGAGGUGCCACAUCUUCGACAAGGGAGAUUUUGUGGUUCGACGUGGUGAGGAGUGCAAUCGUUUACUUUACUUCUGCGAUGGUCGUGCGGGGAUUAUUCUUGACGAGAAUCAAUUUCAAAAGGAGGUUCGGGCUCAAAACCCUUUCGCAGAUGCCUGUAGCGGGGAGGUCGACUUGAGUUGUCUUUCCACAAAAGAAGUUUUUCCGAUCCCAUUGGGGCACACUAUUGGCUACACCUGUGUGCGACGUCACCGGUGGACUCACAGCGUCGUUGCGAUGGAGGACAAUUUAGAGGUGUGGGUACUGGAGCGGGCUGCGCUUGUAUCCUUCUUGUGGAAAUGCAAGUUGGACCAUCAGAUGCAGAGUGCAACAUUACAGUUGUUGCAACCCCUUGUCUUGCAGCACGAUCGCAUCCCUUUGCUGGACUACCAACCUCUGCUUUCGCCUUUUCCGAACUCCUUAUGGAGUGAACAUCCAAUGCCUAACAUGCACCCUGUUUCAAUGAUAGAAUCAAAGGUGAUAUACUCAGUGUGGCAAGAGGGUGACUUCCCCUUGCUUAUGUGA